AUGAACUCCAUCAAGGAGAUCCAACGGAUCAACGAGCAAGAGCUCGCCCUUGGCGUCAAGGGCUCGUGGCACGACGAUUUCAAAGACUCAGCCUACGUCUUCGUCGGCGGCAUACAUCCCGACCUGACCGAUGGAGACGUGAUCAAAAUCCUCUCCCAAUUCGGUGAGGUCUGGGAUAUCAACAUGCCGCGCGACAAGGAGAGCGGCAGGCAUCGCGGCUUCGGGUACGUCAUGUACGAGGACCAGCGCAGCACAGUUCUGGCCAUAGACAACUUGAACGGUGCAGAGGUUCUGGGUCGCACGCUGCGAGUCGACCAUGCGCGCUACAAACAGCAGGGGAAGCGAAACGCGGAGGGCGACUAUGAAGAGCCCGAGGAAGCGAGUUAUAAUGCUCGUCCGCCAGACAUUGAGGAAUCCUCUAGCGAAGAAGAGGAGGAAAAGGAGGAGGAGGAUGACGGACUCGAUUCUGAUGAUCCCAUGACGGCGCUUAUCCGGCAGGAGAAGGCCAAGGCUACCGGAAAGGAGGAACGGCGCGCCGCCAAGGCCAAGCGUAAGGAGGAGCGGGCGAAAAAACGCGAGGUGCGGGACAAGCGGCGCGACAAGGAGCUCCGGCGAUACAGGGAUGAGAGUAGGGACAGGAAGCGCGAGCGCUCGCCGCGUCGCCUUGAGGGUCGCGAUCGCCGAGACCGUGAGGACAAGAACGAGCACAGUGAGAGGGAGGGCGCGCGUGGACGGGAGUCGCCGCGGAUGUCUACCCGAGAGCGCUCGCCGCGUCGCGAUAAUCGGGAACGUGACCGUGAGUCUGCACCUCGACCCGACAACGGCGGUCGUGAGCGUGCGGCGCCCCUGCGUGAUGAGCGUGAGCGUGAGCGUUCUGCUCGGCGCGACGACGAUAGGGAACGACCCGCGCCUCGACGCGAUGACCGGGAACGUGAACGAUUCCCUCCUCGCCGUGAGGAGCGUGAGCGUGAGCGCGAGCGGUCGCUCAGGCGCGAUGACCGCGAUCGUGAACGUGCCCGCGACGACCGUUCGCCUUACAAGCGCGACGAUCGUGAGAGGGACCGCGAGGAAAGGCGAAGGGAUGAUCGCCGGGAUGACCGCGACAGGAAUCGCGAACGGGAUGACCGUCGUUACGAGCGUGAGGAGCGCCGUCGGUAG